AUGACCCGUGCCCUGGGCAAGCGGCGAGCCCAGACCUUCGCCGUGGGCGAGUCCGGGCCUAGGCGGAUGCCUACCAAGCGACAACGGACCAACAUGACGGCCUACGAGGAAGUGUGCUUCCUGCUGAGCGAGACCCACCUGUCCGAAGACCCCGAAGUGACGACAGUCAAGUGCAAGCUGGUUUCCGUGCUCGUGAACCCUCCCGACGACGGCGAGAAAGCCGCCAUCGCUGCAUUCGUUGCCGAGAUCGAGCGAAGCGUGCGUAUGCUGCACCAGAUCCGGAUGGAGGGGUCCCGGCUAAGCAAUCUACACUUUCUACGGUGUAUCGAGGAGGAUCUCCCUCUACCGGCAUUCAAGCGGGAGUUCUUCGCUAGAUGUCUAGCUGGAGCAGGCCUACACCGAUUCAGCGCAACACACGAGCGCUGGGACCCGGAGCUAUACCGUACCAUCGUGCAGUACCGGAGUGCUCGUGCGGAGACGGCAGGCUACGAGCAACCCCGUAUCGCUUACUGGAGCGCGUCAAAAAACGCCAUGGCCGAGGAUAUGCUCACCAACGCCACGGUCAUUAUGAAGGAGCAGUACUACAAGCGCACGGUGUCAUACUGCAAGCUUCGCUUCAACAUUGCCUCGAACAGCGAGAUGUACUGGCAAUUUAAGGAGGCGUACGAGUUCGUCGGUGGGGUUUCCGGUCCGAUUCGAGAGGUUGCCGCCCACCUCCGCGAAUUUCUGAAAACCCAGCCAACUGCGAAAAACAUCGAGGAGAAGAAAGCCUACUGA